UUUUUUUACAAUUUUAGAUUUUUUAGGAUUCAACACAAUAAUGUACAUAUGUCACGACAUAGAAAACAAUAUUUUAAAUUAUUUCCUAUACUUCUGCUUGCCAUUAUCUUUUUUCUCUUAGCCAAUUUUUUAUUUAUGAUUAUGCUUGAAAUGCCAUCGAACAAAAACCUCAACAACAAAACCAAAAACAACGACAAUAUCCACCAACUUUGCCUUAUUUUCCCCUUUAAAAAUCGUUGGGAUUUAGCACAAUUUACUCUACCAAAAAUAGAUGUCUUUCUAAAAUCUCAAUUAAUAAAUCUUUCAAAAUUUAUAAUUAUUAAUCAAACAGACAAUUUACGUUUUAAUCGUGCUUCUCUUUUAAAUAUUGGAGCUUUACAAGCCAAAGAAGAAAAUUGUGAUUAUAUUGCUUUACAUGAUAUAGAUAUUGGUUAUUUUUUAGUUUUAAAUUUUCCUAGGCCUAAAAAAUUUUCAAAAAAAAUUUUUUUUCUUUUAAAUUUAUUUUUUACAGUUCCUCUAAAUCCAGCAUUAAAUUAUAAUUAUCCAGGAGAAGGACAAUUAUUUCAUAUAACAGCUGGGAAAUAUCAUCCAAUAAAAAGGUAUGAUUAUAAAAGUUAUAUUGGAGGUGUUCUCUUGAUUACAUUAAAUGAUUUUAUCAAAAUAAAUGGAAUGUCAAAUAAUUUUUGGGGUUGGGGAUUAGAAGAUGAUGAAUUCUUUCAAAGAUUGAGAGAAGCAGGAUUAUCAAAGAAUAUAACAAGACCUGAUGGAUUAAAUACUUCACGUUCAAAUACUUUUUUACAUAUACACAACAAGAGCGAUAAAAGGGAUUAUGUUCAGACAGAUUACAAGAAAAAGAGAAGAAGAGGUCGUGAUCGUCUGUCAGGCUUGUCAAAUUUAAAUUAUACUUUAAUAUCUAAAUAUCAAACAAAAAUUAAUCAAACAAAAAUUUUAAUAAUUAAUAUAAAAUUAUUUUGUAAUUUUAACGAAUUUCCUGAAUGUUUAAAAAAAUGA